ACAGUUUUUGCAUCAGUUUUUUAUUAAUCUAUUUUAAAGUCGCAGCUUUUUCUAAUUAUUACAUACAAAAGGCAUAGCUUCAGACGCGUCGAUGGUUAUAUUAAUUUGUGUGGUUUUUAUGUACAAAACCGCGUCGACAAGCUUCAGUCGAUAGUCAUCGGACUGAAUUAGCGACACACAAUUUUGUAUGCUUAUCAUGUUUUUAACGUCUCGAGGCGGUUAUUUUACGUUUCGAUAUAGUGAAAGAACAGUCGUUUUGUGCUUGUCAAGAACGGACCCGUUUUUAUUCGUGUGCUGAUGGUUGAACGUGUCCUAUACAUGCUAGUCCAGUUUCCCUCUUUAAAAAGCUGCAGGAAUCAUGGGAGCCGUGUUCCUGCCAGCAGAUGCCGCACACUCAGUGCUGCGGAGGCUCCCGAGAGCAAACUUCUUCUUGGAGGAGAUGAAACAAGGGAACAUCCAGCGAGAAUGCAGAGAGGAAAUCUGCAAUUAUGAAGAAGCCAGGGAGGCGUUUGAGAAUGAUGAGAAAACUAGGCGAUUCUGGGAGGAGUACCAGCGUGAGAGCAGCCCCAGGCCUGGCGGACUGGAGUCCAUCGCUGGUGGCGUUCAUUCCCUGUACCUGAUCUUACCGCUGCUGCUGGUUUUGCUGCUCAUUGCUGCGGUUUCCAUCACGGUUUGGAGAUGCCACUCACGCAAAAGAUCCCAGCAAAGCCCUGCCAUUGGGCGUCCACAAAGAGACACAACCCUAUCUGUGGUGUCAAUGGACCAGUGGGGUCGGGACUACCAUCCUGACAUCAGUCCUCACUCGGAGAUCAGUGCCCACAGUAGCCCCGCUUACCCCGGCGCAGACCUCACACCUGGGCGGGGCAGUCGGGGUGACCCGCCUCCUUCAUAUGAGGAAGCUGUGGGCCAUACAGAUAUACAGAUUGAAGCAGAGCCUCCACCACAAUAUGAAGACAUCAUCAGUAACCACGGUAGCACGGUUGUCAUCUCCCAGGGAAAGUGACGGAUCUUCCAGGCAAGCCUCAUGUAGAGAUGCAUUUUGAGGCCUCCACCAAUACUCUAAACCCUUUUUUUACAACUGCACUACUUCUAUGACAGGCUUUAUUUUCAGUUCCAGCACUAACAAAACAGCUAAACUGCUUUAUUUACACUCUUAAAAAUAAAGGCAUUAAUGGUGUCAUAAAGAACCUUUAACAUCCAUUGGACUAAAGUUUCUUUAUAAUGAAAAAAGGUACUUUAGAUUUUUUUUAAAUGUUCUUUACACUAAGAAAAAAUGGUUCUUUUAAGAACUGUUCGCUGAAAGGUUUUUUGGAGAACCAAAAAUGUUUUUUCUAUGGCAUUGGUGUGAAAAUCACCUUUUGGAACCUUUAUUUUUAAGAGUGUAGUAUGAAGAGAAAACAACGAAUGCAAUUUUAUUCCAGUACCGUAACUUACACAUUGUUAAACAUUGGGUUUCUUUGAUUUUCAGAGACGAUUGCAGAACUCAUGACAGCUUGAAUCCUGACCCAAGCCCAAAUCCAAUGACAAUGAAGUACUGUAACAUGAACAACUCACAAUCACAUUCUUCUUAGUUAGAUGUUCUGAAUUUCAUAGGACUUACUAAGAAAUGAGCUAAACAAUUUUUUUUCCCCAGUUGUGGCCUCUUAUUGGACCAUUUAGAACAAUAAUACUAAAUCAUCAGAUUCAGUGUGCAAAAAAAAAAAAAAAAAAUUGCACAAUAUUUUCAGGAAGUGAUACAUUUUAAUGUUUACUGACAUGCUAUACUUUAAGGUUCAUUGUAACCUUCAGAGAUAACCAUCUCAGCUUAGGCUAUCUCUGUAACCUUUCUAAUUGCAUAGUCGCCUCUAUGCACUGGACUCGGAGCAUCAGUGAAACAUUGAUAUUGGGCUGAUUUUGUUUUUCUCUAGUUGAGGUGUUAAACACUGUGUGUUAGAUUUAGUUAACAUGUUGGAAACUUUUCAGCUGAAUUGAUAACCAGUUAACAAGGUUUGGUCAAUGUUAUCAGCAACGUUGUUCCAAGCAUGACUUUACAAAUUCAAUCCUGAUUUUAUGUAGCAUCAUGGUUUCUGAAUCAGCCUAAGUCGACACCAGGGGUCUGUUCUUUGUACGUCGCUAACUCCAUUAGCUAGAUUUGAUUGAUGAUUUGGCAUGAUCUGGGAUCGUUUGGUUCUUUGGCACUCAUCCUGGACUUGCUGUCAUAGCAACAGGUCAAUAAGCUUGCUCGUGAGCAGGCUUAUUUCAUGUAAACAGGAUUAGAUUGCAUGUAGGUGAUGCUUACAGUCUGUCACAGCCACUGCUACUUUCUUACAAGAGUACCCUAAUGUGAACCAGGGACAAUAUGAUUUAAAAAUAAAUUUGCAAAUAAUAUUAUGUUGUGUUGUGUAGUCUACCGUAAUAUAGACACAGCCAGUUUAACUCGUUGAGAGAUUUAUUUGUGAGGGAAUACUUACCUAAUAAUUUUAUUGGGGUCUUAUACACAUGAUGUAGGCUACAUGUAUCUAUGCCAUGCGCGCAUUAAUUUGAACCGCGACAGCUAUUAUGGGAGUGGCUUGAUGCAGUGCACGAGAUGCAGAUAACUUGAUCUUCACCCUUAAGAAACUUUAAUUAAUGCUGUCCCGUUACAAAUCUGCUUCAAAGGUAAAAUUAAGGUUUUGAGUAUCGAUACAUCUGCCCUUUUCGAGCAACACAAGAACGCAUAAUAAUCUCAGACAUUUUACAGACAUCAGAUAUUUUAAUCCAAUCCGCAAAUUCGUUUAAAGAACCAAAUUCAGUUAUCACGAUUAGAAGAUCUGACAUCUCUUAAAUCAUCUUAGAUGUAUUAAGCGAGGUACGAAGAACGGACCCCAAAUCAGUGUGUGUGAAGUUUUGGUUUGCUGUGGGAAAAUACGAUACUGAGCUAUUGUAUUGUACAAGUGUGGUUUGAGUUUUGUUUUUUCAGUUAAGCCACAUUGAGUUCCAUGGCAAAACAUGGUAGACUAAGUGGUCUAUGCAACAGUGCUCUCUUUUCUCUCCAUAUUUUUGGAGCCGUUUACAUGGCCACAACCUUGUGAAAUUAAUUCUUAUUGUGGCCAAGGAUUAAGCAGGCAUAUUAAGCAUCCCAAGCUGGGAAUACUAGGACAAGCAAGAUAAAUUGUCAACCGUGGAGGUGAUUAAGGAACAAGAAGCAUGCUUUUUGUUUGUUGUGAGCUGUGUGCAGACUUCCUUUUAGAUUUGUUUUAGAGUAUAUAACUUGUGUUUUGUUUCUCUAACAUCUUAGAGAAUGUUAAAAAUAACAAUUAUUGACCAAGCUGGUUACUUUUUUACUUGUUGAAGGCUGAUUUUGCACUUGAUUUAGCUUUCACACUAUAGUUUUGGGUCUGAAUCGUGGUACGUUUGCAUUAACAACGUGAGCACUAGCAGCUGUUUACCACUAUAAAGAGGGUCCACUUCAAAGCAUAACUCCUUUUUUUUUUUUUCCCAUGACAAAUGAUUUUUCGGUAACACUUCACUUGAAGCCUUUAUGUAUAAUACAUUAUAAAGGUAUUCAUAAUGUAUAUUUUAAUGCAUCGUAUAUUUUUAUAAAUAAUUGUAAAAGUUAAAAUUUUAUUUGCAGAGUCCUUGUUACAUCUAAAAUUGGUUGUUUUUUAAGAUUUAUAUUUGGUGAUUUUUGUCUUUAUUAUGACAGGAUAGGAUAGCAUAGUAUGGACCGGAAGCGAGGUGGGAGAAAGAGGGGGAUGAGAAUGGGAAAGGUCUGCGAGCCGGGACUCAAACUCGGUUCGCCAGAAGCGCAGUGGCGCUAUACUGUAUGUCGGCAUGCUGCCCAUGAGGCUAUCGGCCUCGACGUUUGUCUUGUUUUAAUGCAUUAUAUAUUUUUUUAAAUGUGUAACGAUGUAUUAUAUAACUGUGGUUGCACUUAUUUAUGAGACCAUAAGGUGCUUUACGUGGCAUAAUGCGCUAAAAUACUUUUUAUUAAUAAUGUGUUAUAUAAAGGCUUCAAGUAAAGUGAUAUUUUUCCUCUUGAGAAGUUUCAGACUGUUAAACAAUUUUGGAUAUUUGACACUAGCUUUCAGGUUGGGCUUGUCUGAGUAUUUAACAGCAAGCGGACACCUUUUACCUCAUACCAUUUUCUUCUUGGUUUCUUACUCUGGUUUUCACCUCAGGCCCCAGCUAAACUAAACAAAAACCAAGAGAAUUUCAGAUUAGGAUCAAAUUAUGGGAACAAGCCGUCCCCUGAAAAGAAAAAAAACUCAAGGAAACAUUCAGUAUUAAAUAUCAGGAAAGUGUGUGUUUAUAGGUGUGAAGGGGAGGGGGGGGGGGGGGAGAGAGAACAUAAUGGAAAACAGUCAUGCAUUUGUAUUUAUUCAGUAACUAUGAGUGAAUGCACUUUUUUCAGGGCACCAAUUGCUCUUUGUAAAGGAAUAUUAUUUGAUGUGUAAAGGAAUAUUAAUUAAUGGAAACGAUGUGAUAAAUGACUAGGGAAAAAAAAUGGCAAGGCUGUUUGGUUUAUCCUCUUGGAUUUCUACAGUUUAUAUUCUCAGUUCAUCGACGACAUGCUCAGCUGACAUAAAUAUGCAAUAAAAUACAUCACCAGCACUAACUCCAGAAAGCUUUGUGAAAAUCAAAACAGUCUCACUUUGCCUAAAAUUGUUUGUGUUUUCAACGAUAUUGUGAAAUAAGACUACCGUCACUUGAAAUACAGUCUGAUGAUGUUGCAAGUUUCAUUGAUUUUGACAGAUGUUGAUGUAUAUUUGCAGGCUGAUAUUUCUGUGGUAGUUAAGAGUGACUGUGGUGGUGUUUAUUGCUUAAGCCUUACUCAGAGAUAGAUUAAAAAAUGUAUAUAUAAAUGUGUUGAGAACAAAUUUAAUUUUUUGUAAUGAUUGAGCUUGACUUUUUAUUUUUAAUAAAAGUUUUUUGGCCCUCA